AUGUUCCGGAACCCACGGACCACUAAUUAUCUGAGCCAUGUCAAAUACAGUGUCGGUGGGCAAGGCUUUGGAACUGAGGCUCCAGUCAAACUCUUCACUUCAACCCCAUUGCCAACAGAAACUCUAAGCUUUCAGAACGACUUUUCCUUCGGGGACAAGACCGAGCUGGUCAAGAGUGCCACUGAUAUCGAUGCCAAUCUUCUGUCAGUCCUACCCAAGGUUUCAGAAUUAAAGAAACAUUUUGAAAGCGUUGUCUCGAGUGAUUUAGAAAUGAACAGGAAGGAAAGGAUAGCCAGGCGCCUGGAGGGUAUCGAGAGUGAGGCUCCUCUUGCCCUGAUACCUAGCUGUGCCGGCCUGGUGGCCAACCGCAUGCUGGAGGAGGACCCGCCACGAUACACCCGGGCCUCAGACCCCUGUGAGCCAAUCAUGGUGAGACGUUACAGCAGAGAGCAGGUGGAGGCCCCACAGAUGCCGGUGUCCUCCCCAGACAGACAGUCUAGGACCCGGGGCAGACCGGGGGACCAUCCUGGACCGGCCGUCCACCCCCAUGCAGAGCCUGUCCUAUCCUCUUCCGGUGGCCCAGUGGACCCAGCCAGCCUCAGUUCCAAGGCCGAGCGGAUCGCCCGCUACAAAGCAGAGCGCCGGCGUCAGCUCUCUGAGCGUUACGGCAUCCUCUUGGAUCAGGAGAUAGACAUGGACUACAGUCCUCGCUACUCGCUACGUAGAGAGUCUGACGCCUUGGAUAGAGUGGCCCCAGCAGUCACAGAGCGUAGGAGAGACAGAGAUAGAGAAAGACAUGAGGUGGAGGAGGGAGGAGGGGGGCGGGAGAGUUCCCGCAGAACUCCCCACAGCUCUGGAGUAGGCAGGAUCUACAUGCAGGCUCACCCUGCUGAGCCUUCUCCUGGCCACGCUCCUGCCCCAGGUCACGGUCCAGCCCCUGCAGGCCCUACCCAUACUCAAGCCCCUCAGCCAGCCCGGGGGGGGGCCGGCACCUUCUCAGAGCGGGAGAGGAUGAUGAACCUGGAGAACUGCCGGCGGGCCCAGGAGAGGACAGGGGGCCUCAGAGGUGCCAGUAACAGGCCCCAUGAUCAUGCCCAGGCCUCCUCCAUCCAGCAGCUCAGCCCUCCUCUAUCCAGGACCUCCUCCAGAGAGUCCUGCAGCGUGGCGGCCAUCCCCAGCUCCCCUCGUACGGCCCGCCGGGCCUCCCUGCCCUCCACACGCUACGGCAUCUCCCCCGGGGACCUGUUCAUCGAGCAGCAAGCUCAAGCCAUCCUCAGCAGACAGGGAAUCAGAGUAAGAGAGAGAGUAUCGAAAGACGAGAGCGCCGUCCAAAGGGCCCCUGCAGAGCGGGGUCCAGCUCCAGAGCCCCCAGUGAAGAGACACCGAGAUCGUGCUCACACCACCACAGCUCACUACAUGCCCCAACGUGGCCACAGCUCUGACCCUGCCACCUACAAAAGGACUGGCCCCUCCUCUCAGCCCUCCCAACCUGCCUUCGCCCACGUCCCAUACCCCCACGCCUCAGCACCACGCACACACACAUCAGGCCCCGCCGUGGGCCACCAGGGUACCCAUCAGGGGACCCACAUGGACCCUCAGCCUUACCUAGCCAUGCCGGCCCCUGUGGCCACCAAGCUCCCUGGGGCCCCUGUGGUGGAGGUGGAUACUCCAAAGAGGAGGGUGAGCACUGACCACAUCUACGCGACCCAGAGGGAGAGCCACAGGGAGGCGCUGAGAGAGGAGGUUCACACCGAGGGGCUGCUGAAGAGCCGGAAGGCCGUGCUGCCCUCAGAGAUCCGCCGCAGGGAGAAGAGUGUGGACGACCCCCAGAGAGGGGAGCCCCACCUGGGGCCAGUCAGACGCCAUGACGACUCCACCACCUCAACCGCCAUGGAGUAUGAGAGCUAUAGGUCUGGGGGGAGGAGAACGAGUCGGGCGGACUCAGAGGAGUGGGAGGCCAGGGAGCAGCAGCAGCACUGGUCCAGCCACAGCCAGGACACAAAGGAGACAGGUCCAGUCAGUCGCAUGGAGACCUCCCACUCCCAGCCCAGCCAGCAGGACCUCCAGGGUCAACACGGCCUGCAGGACCACCAGCAGCACUGGUCCAGCCACAGCCAGGACACAAAGGAGACAGGACCAGUCAGUCGCAUGGAGACCUCCCACUCCCAGCCCAGCCAGCAGGACCUCCAGGGUCAACACGGCCUGCAGGACCACCAGCAGCACUGGUCCAGCCACAGCCAGGACACAAAGGAGACAGGACCAGUCAGUCGCAUGGAGACCUCCCACUCCCAGCCCAGCCAGCAGGACCUCCAGGGUCAACACGGCCUGCAGGACCAGCAGCAGGGUGACUCGGCCGUCUACCUCCAGAGGGGUGCCUACCUCCCUCAGGCCAGACACAGGAGCAUGGAGCCAGCCGGGCAGGCUGGGCCCCCCAAGCUCAAGGUCCGCACGCGCUCCAUGUCCGACAUCGGCGUAAGUCAGCGCUCGGCUGCCUAUAGGAGCAUGGAGAGGGCAGCCGCCAGCAGAGAGGCUACCAUGGCAGCCCACCUGGCCAGGGAGGGAGGGGUGGGGGUACUGCCCAAUGGGGAGGUGGGGACCUUGGAUACCAGGGUCUCCGUGGCCCAGCUCCGACAUUCAUAUCUGGAGAACGCCAACAGGAAGCCGGAGCUGGAGCCAACUAAAGUAGAGCUUACUGCCAUGGAAGUAGAUCCGGCUGCUGGGAGCGCUGAUCGGGAGCGUGGCACAGCGCGGAGGCCGCGGCGCUACAUCACCCCUGGAGACAUCCGCAAGUCCUCUGAGAGAUUUAGGACGCAGCCCAUAACCACUGCAGAGCGGCUAGAGUCUGAUAGGUCUCGUCUGAGUCCAACCGAGCUACAGAACCCAGAAGCUGACGAAGAGAAGCUUGAUGAGAGAGCUAAGAUGAGUGUGGCUGCUAAGAGGUCACUAUUUAGGGAGCUGGAGAAGACCACAGAUAGCGUCCCCAAACCGCGGUCCCGUAACCCUGCCGUGGAGAGGCGUCUGAGGCGAGUCCAGGACCGUGCGCGCACACAGCCUAUCACCAAUGAGGAAGUGGACAUCGCUCACACAGAAGAUGGCCCUGUUCAACCAGCUGUCCAAGCAGCCCUCAAAGCCUGCUGCAACCAUAACCUCCAGGGCGACACCCGCCAGCGCAGAGCCAACAGCCGCUUCCAGACCCAGCCUAUUACCCAGGGAGAGGUGGAUCAGCUGCAGAAUGGAGGAGGAGGGGUCAAGCUGGAGCCGCUGUCUGCCUCUUUGGUCCGCUCCGUGGCAGCCGUCACCUCCCAGGUCUCGGUCGCCACGGUAACCACAGCGACUUCCAGCAGCAGCAACGUCCACCUUGGAAAAUCUACGGCCGUUCCCUACAACCCCCACCACCCCCCCACCACUACCACCCAGGAAAGGGGAGGGGUGAGGUGUGUGUUUCCUCAUGUGUCAAAUAAUUCAGCCUUCACUGGUAAGCCUGAUCUGACUUCGGUUUCCCUGGAUCUGUUCUCCCCUGGCCCUCCCCUUUCAGAGGAGCAACCGCAGCAGCAGGCUCACAGUAGAAGAGCCGGAGAGAGAGGAGGAGCCAGUCGCUCCUCCACUGGCCACAGAGAGAGAGAGGAGGUGGAGGAUGUGUGGGAAGGAGGGGCCAGCAGAGAGGAGAGGGAGAGCUGUGCUAGUAGUGGUGCUGGAGGCAGCAGCAGUAAGGGAAGGCUCCACCCCCCCGACAGGGACAGCAGACAGCAACACUAUCAGCCCCCAGCCCCAGAGCCCCAGCCGCGGCACACCAACAGUAGCCAGCGGGAGUCCAUCCAGCUUCCCUCUUUGAGGCACGGGAGGGGUGAGUUGCUGGUGGAGCCCAGGCAGCACAGAGACAGAGAUAAAUACGACAGUAGCAGCAGCAUCACCCUGGAGAGGGAAGAGCACGGGAGCUACCUGGGAGAGACACACAGCUCAGAGAGACACACAGAGCUGCAGCACACAGCAGACAGAGAGAACACACGGAGCAGCAGGAGCAGGGAACUCCUCUCAGACACCGAGCACACCAGUGUGUCAUUGAGAACUGUGACAACAGAGGCAGCGGCCAGGAGUGUCUCUCACACCUCCAGUAACCAGCGGAAACUGUCUUUCACCCAGUCUCCCCCACAAACUGAGCCCCAGCCAUACUCCAAACCUCACCAGCACUUCACCCAGGAACCUCCAGCCCAGCCCAAGCCCCAGGAAAGGGAGAGGAGCUUCACCCAGCCACUACCCAAGCCUUCCUCUCAGCUAAUCCCUCACACUCAACCCAGACCCCUGUCCUUAUCCCAGCCUCCUCCUCCCCAGACCGCCCCCCAGACUCUGCCCAAGCCCACGUCCUUCUCUCAGCCACUGGUCAAGUCUCAGUCCCUGCCUCUGGACCACAGCGGCCACAUCACAGGACACAGUGUCUCCGACCUCCUCUCCCCCAGCGAAACAGAACUCUCAGAGAUGUCCUCCAAACAGAUGUCCAUCAAAGAAAGGCUGGCCCUGCUGAAGAAGAGUGGUGAAGAGGACUGGAGGAACAGGAUCAAUAAGAAGCAGGAAGUGGUCAAGGUGGCUGUGACUGAGAGACACUCCACAGUACAAGGACAGGGAUGGGAGGCAGAGCAGACCUACAAGAAGAAGGAGAAAGGCAUGGUUAUUGAUGAGUUCGCUGAGGUCACUGUGUCUGACCAGCUGUGGGAGCCUGUCUUUUCCUCCACAUAUUUUCCUCCAAUCUCCCUUGGCCAUAAGUGCCAAGUUAUUGACCUUCAUAGUCAGAGGAUGGGAGAGGAGAUGGAGAACCAGGCUCAGAUGUCCAUAGAGGAGAGGAAGCAGAUGAUCUCAACACGGGAGGAGUCCUGGGUGUCUAAAGGCAAGGGGGUGGCCAAUGACUCCACCCAGUACACCGUGGCUGCACGCAUGGUCAAGAAAGGUCUGGCAGCCCCCUCAGCCAUCAGCCCCAUCCUGUCUCCUGUCUCCACCAAACUCAAGAGCAACGUGCCUGUCAUCAAACCGCAGGAGGAAAUUGAAGCCAGACCAGAGAUGAACUUGGAGUCGGAUAAAAAGCUGGAUAAAUUGGAGACAUUUUUGGGACGUCUGAACAGUAAAGUGGCGGGUCUUCAGGAGACCACUCUGACCGUGACAGAGAAGGCUGUGAAGGAGGUGAUGAGGAUGGACGAUGAGAUCUUCUCCAAGUUCUACCGUCACGUGGCUGACUUCCCACGCAUGCCCAGCAGGAUCGAGAUCGACGAGGACUUUGACGCCAUCUUCGGCACUCAGGCGCCCAAGUUGACCUCAGCCAUAGCGCAGCACAAACGAGCAGUGAGACCGUCUAGGAACGUCCAGUCGUCUAAAAACCCUCUGAAGAUGCUGGCGGCCAGGGAGGACAUCAGACACGAGUACACUGAGCAGAGACUCAACAUCGGCCUCAUAGAGAGCAAGAGGAUCAAGGAUGAGAAGAUGAAUAAGACUUCAGAGUACUCGGACGCGGCCCUAGCUGGACUGGCCAGUAAGGAGAACUUCAGCAAUGUGAGUCUGAGGAGCGUCAACAUCUCAGAGCAGAUGUCCAACAACAGCGCUGUGCCGUACAAGAACGUCAUGCUGAUGCAGGUCAAAGGCCGCCGUCACGUCCAGACCAGACUAGUGGAGCCCAGAGCCUCGACCCUGAACAGUGGCGACUGCUUCCUCCUGGUUACUCCUCAACACUGCUUUGUUUGGAUGGGAGAGUUUGCUAAUGUCAUCGAGAAAGCCAAAGCUUCUGAGCUGGCAUUGUUCAUCCAGACUAAGAAGGAUCUGGGCUGCAGAGCGAGCCAGAUCCAGACCAUCGAGGAGGGGGUCAACCCCCAGUGCCCUGCGGCCACAGAGUUCUGGAAGAUCCUGAGAGGAGAGCAAACCUACCAGUCUGCCGGACCACCAGAGGAGGACGAGCUGUUUGAGAGUGCCAUCGUGGAGACAAACUGCAUCUUCCGUCUGCUGGAUGACAAGCUGGUUCCCGAUGACGACCAGUGGGGGAAGGUUCCUCACAGCACACUGCUGGAGUCCAAAGAGGUGCUGGUGUUUGACUUUGGCAGUGAGGUGUAUGUGUGGCACGGUAAGGAGGUGACUCUGGCCCAGAGGAAAGUAGCCUUCCAGCUGGCUAAACACCUGUGGAAUGGAACCUUUGACUACACCUGCUGUGACAUCAACCCUCUAGACCCUGGAGGAUGCAAUACACUCAUACCCAGGAAGGGCCAGGGGCGUCCUGACUGGGCCAUAUUCGGCAGGCUGACCGAGCACAAUGAGACUACCCUGUUCAAAGAGAAGUUUCUGGACUGGGCAGACACUAAGAAACCACAACCAAAGAACACCAAUGAGCAAGUCAGUGAGCAGAAGGAGACGCCGGGGCGGGAGUGCAGACCGUAUGAUGCAGCAUUGAUGCUGCCUGUACUCCAGACAGCAGUCAGCACUGUGCUGGAUGGGAUGGACGUGGGCCGAGGCCACGGCUCUAUAGAAGGAGAGGACAGGAUGAGGACUCUAGAGAUCAGCACGGUGUCGGUGGAUGUCUGGCACAUCCUGGAGUUUGACUACAGCCGGCUACCCAAGCAGAGUAUAGGCCAGUUCCAUGAGGGGGACGCGUACGUUGUGAAGUGGAGGUACAUGGUGAGCGCAGCAGUUGGCAGGAGGCAGAACCCGGAGCUGAGGAGCGCGGGCCCUGGCAAAGAAAAGUGCUGCUACUUCUUCUGGCAGGGACGGAACUCCACCGUGAGCGAGAAGGGAACGUCGGCCCUGAUGACAGUGGAGCUGGAUGAGGAGAGAGGGGCACAGGUCCAGGUACAGCAGGGGAAGGAGCUCCCUUGUUUCCUCCAGUGUUUCAACGGGGGGAUGAUCAUACACUGUGGGAAGAGAGAGGAGGAAGAGGAGAACACACAGACUGAGUGGCGUCUGUACUGUGUGAGAGGUGAUGUCCCUGUAGAGGGCCACCUCCUGGAGGUAGUGUGUCACUGCAGCAGCCUGCGCUCCAGGAGCUCCAUGAUCCUCCUGAAUGUCAACAAGGCCCUCAUUUACCUGUGGCACGGCUGCAAGGCCCAGCAACGCACUCGCCUGGUGGGCCUCACCACCGCACAGAGGGUCAAAGAACAAUGUCCGUUGGAGGCGGGGCUCCAUAGCAGCAGUAAGGUGACCAUCACCGAGUGUGACGAGGGAUCAGAGCCCACUGGAUUCUGGGAUGCGGUCGGUAGGAAAGACAGGAAGGCCUACGACUGUAUGUUGCAAGAUCCGGGUAAAUUCAACUUCACCCCUCGGCUGUUCCAGCUGAGCAGUUCUUCAGGGGAGUUUGUAGCCACAGAGUUCUACCACCCCUCCAGAGUUCCAGACUUGGUCAGCUCUCUGCCCUUCCUUCAGGAGGACCUGUACCAAGCCUCCCAGCCUGCGUUGUUCCUGGUGGAUAACUUCCAUGAGGUGUACCUGUGGCAGGGCUGGUGGCCCCAGGACAGCGAGAGCCCCGGCUCCGCCAGGAUACGAUGGGACAUGGACAGGAAGUGCGCCAUGGAAACGGUGCUGCGGUACUGCAGAGAGAAGAAUGAGAAGAAGCCUCAGAAAUCGUACCUGAUCCAUGCUGGUCUGGAGCCUCUCACAUUUACCAACAUGUUUCCCAGCUGGGAGCACAGAGAGGACAUCGCAGAGAUCACUGAGAGGGAGGCGGAGGUGUGUAACCAGAUCAUCCUGGUGGAAGAUGUGCUGGCCAGGCUGUGCCAGAACACCUAUCCCCUGGCUGAGCUGCUGGCACGUCCCCUACCUGGGGGCGUCGACCCCCUCCGCCUGGAGAUCUACCUAUCAGACCAGGACUUUGAAAAAGCAUUGGACAUGAAGAGAGAGGAGUACGAAGGAUUACCAGGGUGGAAGCAAGUGAACUUAAAGAAAGCCAAAGGACUGUUUUAGUGUAAAGCUAAGCUGAGAGAAAUGAAAUUCAGCAAGUCUUGGACGACAGUGGAAGUUGAUAAAAAUGCUGCUUUAUUGUUAUAACCCACGUGUUUUUGGCUCCUAGCCUUCAUCAGGUUGGUUGUGGAGAGAGAGAGGACACAGAGACUGUUGACAUGGAGGCCACCAAGCUGUCCCCCUCAGCACUUCCUUCCCAGUGGUGUGACUGAACCCCAGUAGUGGCUGGUGGUACUUUAAAAUCAGCGGAUGGGCUCAUCAUUUCAAUAGAAUGGAAUCAUUGGAAAGGUGUCAAACUCAUGGUUUCCAAGUGUUUGUUGCAAUUCCAGUCAUUAUUAUGAGAUAUCCACCCCUCACCUGUUUCCUCUGCUGAACACACUGUCAGGGACAGCUUCUUUGAGUGGGUCACAGGGAGGGGGGGGGUGGAGGAUCUGCUGAGGUGUGCUAGCGUCAUGUAGCAUAUUGUUUUUACCUUUCAGUUAUGUAACUAUGUAGGAAAAUGAAAAUUCUGCUAAGCACAUUGUAUGCGAGUGGCUUUAUAUCAGGUACUGUACAAAGCAGGACCUGCACUCACUCUUUCUCUCUCUGCUUCAAACUGUACUACAAGUCUCCACUUAUGACACCGCUCAUGCCAUAUGAAGUGAAGAGGAAAUUCAGCAACUCUUCGAGGACAGUGGAAGUUGAUAAAAAGGCUGGUUUAUUGUUGAAAUAAACCAACAGGUUUCAAUUGGUUGGUAGCCUUCAUCAGGGUUUAACAGAUAAAAGAACAAUGGAGGGCAGAGUUUCAUACCAUGGACAUACACACUGAUGUGGUCUCUGGGUGUGAGGUUUUAACUGUUGUGUGUGUGUGUGUUUGUGAAGUAUUUAGAAGAAUUUGUAUUUAUGUAAAAAAAAAAAAAAAAUCUGGUAGAAGGACAAUGUAUUCAACUUGAAAGUACUGUGUAAUAUCUGUCAGUAGGAGUGGGUUUUUGGUUCUUGUCAAAAGGUGUAAACAUGCCAAGUAUGUACCUUUUUUGUUUUGCGUUCUCAAAUAUGGUACCUGCCUGGGGCUGUCACAAUGACAUCUAACCUUUACAGGUGCCUGAGAAAUGACAAACAGUUGUAUUUUUAAAGGCAUGGAAUUCUUUGUGAAAAACACUUGAAUGUUGAAUGUAUAGUGCCUUGCUUUUGUGUACAGUUUAUAUACAGAAAUUCUAGUCUGCAUUUCGAAGACUUUCUUUGUGAUAAAAUAAAUAGUAAAUAAACAACAAAUCCCCAAAUCCAAA